AUGUUAGAUCUCUCGGGGCUGAAAGCCAAAGUGAACGCGAAGCUUGCGGACGCGCAGGCGAAAAAGGCUGUGCCGCGCGCCAGCAAAGGUGAAACCAGCGAACAACGCGCGAUGAUGCGCCGCGAAGCACUGGCGCUGGGCGCGUCAGAAGACGACGUGGCGCUUGUGGAAGGGCUGAGCGACGCAGACGAGCUCAGCGAACAGGCAUUCAGCGGCGACGAAGGAGACGGCGAUGCCGGGCUGCAGAACGACGUUCAGCGGCUGCUGGCGAACAUGGGGCUGCCGGCGGCAGCAGCGGCAGCGGCAGCAGCAGAGAGCAGCGAGCCGGAGGAUUCGCUGGAGGAGCAAGCCGAGGAGCAAGCAGAGGAGCAAGCCGAGGAGCAAGCCGAGGAGCAAGCCGAAGAGCAAGCCGAGGAGGACAGCGAUGCCGCCGAGUCCGCCGGAGAGGCGGGCGAGUCCGAUGCGGGGUUCGAUGCCGAGUCCGCCGGGGAGGAACCUGCGCGCGGCAUGGUCGAUGACCUGCGCUCGGUUCGCAGCGGCAACCUUCUGGUGCCUGCGGACAUGCCCUGGCACGAGGUGCCGCUAGACGCGGAGGCUUCUCGCGAGCAAGAGCCGCUCUCCACCGAAAAGGUGGAGCUGCUGUACAAGCGGGGGAAGGAAGCGUUGGAAGCGGACAACGCACAGUACUACGAAGAAUUUACCAAGAACUCGUCGCAGCGCAAGUUUAUGUCUCAGAUUCUUGCAGACGGUACGCUGAACGAUAAGAUCUCGUCGCUGACGCUGCUUGUCCAGGAAUCGCCCUUGCAUAAUGUGAAGUCGCUGGAUAUGUUGCUAGGCUUCUGCAGCAAGAAGUCGAGGAACGCCGCGCUUCAGACCCUGAUUGCUCUGCAGGACAUGUUCGUCAACGGGCUGCUGCCCGACCGCAAGCUGCGCUACUUCAAGAACCAGAACCUCUCGCUGCUGCUCAACAAGCGCACGCUUGCCGUGUUUUACUUCGAAGACUAUCUGAAGAAGACGUACUUCAAGAUGCUGGAGAUUCUGGAGAAACUCUCGCACGACCCGAUCGUGCACGUGCGCACGCAGGUCCUCACAUGCGUGUUCCAGCUGCUGACCAUGAAGCCGGAGCAGGAGUUCAACCUGCUGCGUCUGGGCUGCAAUAAGCUGGGCGACAUCGACAACAAGGUCGCGUCCAAGGCAUCGUACCAGCUGCUCAAGCUGCAGCAGGCGCACCCUAACAUGAAGGCCGUCGUCGUGGACGCGGUCGUCGACAUGGCGGUCAAGCCGAAGGCCGACUACCACACGACAUACUACGCCGCGCUCACGCUCAACCAGACCAUCCUCCGCAAGUCCGAGACGCAGCUCGCCAACCAGCUGGUCAAGACGUACCUGACCCUGUUCGAGAAGUUCCUCUCGACUACCGACGGCGACAACGAGGAGCGCGGCGACCACUCCGCGCAGACGCACAAGUCCUACGAGGCGCGCCGCAAGAAGAACUUCAAGAAGGGCAAGCGCGGCGGCCGCUCCGUCACGCAGGACAAGUCCGAUAAGGACGUGCUCGACGAGAAGAACGCCAAGCUCUUCAGCGCCAUCCUCACCGGCCUGAACCGCGCGUUCCCCUUCGCCGACAUGCCCGCCGCCGUCUACACCGACCACCUCGAGACCCUGUUCCGCAUCACGCACUCGUGCAACUUCAACACCUCCGUGCAGGCGCUCGUGCUCGUCCACCAGCUCGUCACGCGCACCGGCCUGCCGCCGGACCGCUACUACCGCACGCUCUACGAGUCGCUGCUCGACCCCCGCCUGGUCCACUCCUCCAAGCAGGGCCUCUACCUCAACCUGCUCUACAAGUCGCUGCGCGCGGACCCUCUCGACGCCCGCGUCGACGCCUUCGUCAAGCGUAUCCUGCAGGUCGCCCUCGGCUGGCUCAACGCCGGCGCCGCCGCCGGCAUGCUCUAUCUCCUGCAGCAGCUCUGCCGCCACGCGCCCCGCGUCCGCAACCUGCUGCUCAACGCGCCCCGCGACCACGAGUACGCCGGCACCGCCGCCCCGCCCCGCUACGACCCGCGCAAGCGCGACCCCGCCCACGCCAAUGCCGACGCCGCGUCCCUGUGGGAGCUGCUGCUCUUCCACGCCCACUUCCACCCCGCCGUCGCCGCCCACGCCGCCGCGCUCGCCGACGACCGCGACAUCGCCAAGCCCGACCUCGGCCUCCACACUCUCGCCCACUUCCUGGACCGCUUUGUCUACCGCCACGCCCGCGCCCGCCCCGCCGAACGCGGCGCCUCCAUCAUGCAGCCCCUGCCCGGCCCCCACGCCGGGCCCCUGCUCGUCCGCGCCCCUGCCGCGCCCGCCCUCCCGCCGAACGCCGCCGACUGGCUCGCCACCCGUGCCGCCGACGUCCGCCCCGACGAGCGCUUUUUCUACCACUAUUUCGCGGGCCGCGCCGCGCCGCGCCGCGCCGCGCCCGCCCCCGACGCGCCGCUCGACGAGGACGACGUCUGGGCCGCCCUCGUCCGCUCCCGCCCCGACGUCGAGGCCGACUCCGACGACGGCCUCUCGCCCGCAGACUUCGCCGACGACUCCGACCUGGCCUCCGACGCAGAACUCUCCGACGCAGACCUCUCCGACGCCUCGGACCUCUCCGCCGCGGACCUCUCUGACGCCGCCGCGGACCUCGACUCCGCACCGCACAUCGCGGACGCCGCCUCCGACGACUCCGCACUCGUCUCCGACGCCGCCUCUGGUCUUUCCGACUCCGGCUCUACGGACCGCAAACGUCCCCGUGCCGCUCGCGAAGGAUAUAAGAAGGGCGCCGCCAACGGUCGCCCCAAGCGGCAAAAACGGAGAUCCCUGCGCGAUUUACCAACGUUCGCGGCGGCAGAGGACUACGCCCAGUACCUUUCUGAGCCCGAGUAG